AGCAUUCGAAGUUCACCAUGCGGACAGACUUUCAACUUCACCUUUUGCUCGCGCUCGGCAGCGCUGCAGCACAACCAUCAUCCACUGCGGGUUAUGAUUAUGUGAUUGUUGGGGGAGGUACUGCCGGACUGGUGGUUGCCAACCGGCUGUCCGAAGAUCCCAAUGCCCGAGUUGUCAUUGUCGAGGCUGGUGACGACGCCCGCAACUACCCCGGGGUCAUGACAUUCGAUUCGACCGAGUUUAAUGCCUCCAUUGAUUGGCAGUACAACUCCUUGCCCCAAAAGAAUGUGGCAGACAGGUCGAUCUUAUAUCACGCUGGGAAAGCAAUCGGCGGAACAAGUAAUAUCAAUGGAAUGAUUUACACUCGCGGGGAGAAGGUCCAGCUCGACGCCUUCGAAAUCCUUGGUAACGCAGGGUGGACUUGGGACACACUCUUUCCAUAUUUCCAACGCACCGAGAAUUUCACCACACCAACCGAGGACCAAAUUUCUUCCGGAGCCUCCUACAAGCCAGAGUACCACGGCAGCGAAGGCUACCUCAAAACCGGCUUCCCCUAUAACCUCGCAAAUGAGUCGUUCCAUACCUUGGUCCAGGAGUCGGCCCAAGCACUCGGUGUUCCGUUCAAUCUGGACCUGAACGGCGGCUCGCUACGCGGCUUUGGGAGCUUUCCAAGGACCAUUGACCGGGAUGCUAAAAUACGAGAGACGUCCGCUCGUGCAUACUAUACGUCGUCUGAGAGCAGACCCAAUCUCAAGGUUAUCAAGGGUACCGUGACGAGGAUCACAUGGUCUGACAAGAAGGGCAAGACUGCCACGGCGACUGGUGUCGAGUACUUGGACGGUGCAGGCAAGAAGACCACCCUCAAGGCCGCAAAGGAAGUCAUCGUGGCUGCUGGGACGUACAAAACCCCUCUGAUUCUUGAAUUGUCAGGGGUGGGCAACCCGAGGCUACUUUCCAAACACAAAAUUGCAACCAAGGUCGACUUGCCGGGCGUCGGAGAAGGCCUACAAGACGCGUCAAUGGUACCCUUGGUGUACUCUGUUGACGUCGCCUCAAGGGGGCAGACCCCGUUUGCAGUCUUCGCGACGGCCGAAGACCUUUAUGGCAAGGAGACAGCAUCCCUAUCGCGUACCAGCGCGAAGAACAUCCCCAGGUGGGCGAAGGCCGUGUCAUCAUCUCUCAACAAUGGGAUCAGCGCGGCUUCGCUCGAGAAGAGGUUCAAGAUCCAGCAUGAGAUCAUCUUUGACCGCAAGGCCACCGUAGCCGAGGUCCUUUGGCUGACCGAGGACUCGGUAGUGGCAGUGGACAUGAUACCAUUCUCCUGGGGAAAUGUCCAUCUCCAGUCGCCCAAGGAUAUCAACAAGCCGGCCUUGGACCCAAAGAUGCAUGCCGUGGACUUUGAUACGGAUAUCCUUAUUCGUGCUGGACGGCUUGCACAAUCGCUGUUCGGGACGAAACCCUUCAGUGACAUCGUGCUGUCUCAAGUCAGCCCCGACACUGCGUCCCUUCCUGCUCGUGCAUCUGAUGCCCAGUGGAAAUCAAUCAUCGCACAUACAACUGAGACCGCCUGGCACGGCGUGGGCACAUGCGCCAUGGUUCCUCGAGAACUCGGAGGCGUGGUAGACUCGAACCUGAAGAUCUACGGGACCACGAAUGUCCGCGUCGUUGACGCCUCAGUCAUACCUGUCCAGAUCAGCGGACAUAUGAUGGCUGCGCUGUACGCCAUUGCAGAGCGAGCGUCUGACAUAAUUAAGGCCUCGACUUAGCAUUAAUAACCAGUGCUCUAGCUAAUGGUGGCUGGUGGUGUUAAAGGGCUGGAUGCAUUGGACGGGUGGCGACUUCAUGGCCAUGUCAUUAAUACCUGGGUAUAUACAACCACUG